GUAGCGGCGAGGGGCCGGGUGGGGGCGGGCGGAGGUUUCCGAGGAGGAAGGAGCCGCCGCCAUUUUGGGAGCUUCGAGUCAACAAUAAAGGACCGAGGGUGCGGAGCGGGAGUGGCCUCGGUGAUUGAAGUGAGUGAAUUCAGAUAUAAUUCAAGCUUGUUAGAGGGCUUUAAAAAAAUACAAAGUUGAUUUGGUGCAUGAAAGCAAGUUAACUACUGCUGCUUACCGUUGAGAGACUUACAGGUGCUUGCCUGAAUUGCAAUAAAGGACUCAUAUAUUGAGCAAGACUUAUUUAUCUCUUCAUUUUGGAGAGCCUCAUAAACUGUUAUUACAGUUUCUCUGCUGACUUUGAAAAGUUUGAAGUUUGAAAGACACCUGUGCAGCUAACAAAGCAUGAGCACGGCCAGAACAGAGAACCCUGUUAUCAUGGGUCUGUCCAGUCAGAAUGGCCAGCUGAGGGGCCCCGUGAAGGCCAGUGCUGGCCCUGGAGGAGGGGGCACACAGCCACAGCCACAGAUGAACCAGCUGAAGAACAGCAGCACACUGAAUAACGGCACUCCGCAGCAGGCACAGAGCGUGGCUGCCACGAUUAAACCUGGUGAUGACUGGAAAAAGACUUUAAAACUCCCUCCAAAGGAUCUAAGAAUCAAAACCUCGGAUGUGACCUCCACAAAAGGAAAUGAGUUUGAAGAUUACUGUUUGAAACGAGAGUUGCUAAUGGGAAUUUUUGAAAUGGGCUGGGAAAAACCGUCUCCUAUUCAGGAGGAGAGCAUUCCCAUUGCUUUAUCUGGUAGGGAUAUCUUAGCUAGAGCAAAAAAUGGAACAGGCAAAAGCGGUGCCUACCUCAUCCCCUUACUUGAACGGCUGGACCUGAAGAAGGACAAUAUUCAAGCAAUGGUGAUUGUUCCCACUAGAGAACUUGCUCUACAGGUCAGUCAAAUUUGCAUCCAGGUCAGCAAACACAUGGGAGGGGCCAAAGUGAUGGCAACCACUGGAGGAACCAAUUUGCGGGAUGACAUAAUGAGGCUUGACGACACAGUGCAUGUGGUGAUUGCUACCCCUGGCAGAAUCCUGGAUCUUAUCAAGAAAGGAGUAGCAAAGGUUGAUCAUGUCCAGAUGAUAGUAUUGGAUGAGGCAGAUAAGUUGUUGUCACAGGAUUUUGUGCAGAUAAUGGAGGAUAUUAUUCUCACACUACCUAAAAAUAGGCAGAUUUUACUAUAUUCCGCUACUUUCCCUCUUAGUGUACAAAAGUUUAUGAAUUGCCAUCUGCAAAAACCCUACGAGAUCAACCUGAUGGAGGAGCUGACGCUGAAGGGGGUGACCCAGUACUAUGCCUAUGUGACAGAGCGCCAGAAAGUGCACUGCCUCAAUACACUCUUCUCCAGGCUUCAGAUCAACCAGUCGAUCAUUUUCUGCAACUCUUCUCAGAGAGUUGAAUUACUGGCCAAGAAGAUUUCCCAGCUGGGUUACUCUUGCUUCUAUAUCCAUGCUAAAAUGAGGCAGGAACAUCGAAAUCGUGUCUUUCAUGAUUUCCGAAAUGGCUUAUGCCGCAAUCUUGUUUGCACUGAUCUGUUUACCCGAGGUAUUGAUAUACAAGCUGUGAAUGUGGUGAUAAAUUUUGACUUCCCAAAGCUGGCAGAGACCUAUCUUCAUCGUAUUGGAAGAUCAGGUCGCUUUGGUCACCUUGGCUUAGCCAUCAACUUGAUCACGUAUGAUGAUCGCUUCAACCUGAAGAGUAUUGAGGAGCAGCUGGGGACAGAGAUCAAACCCAUCCCGAGCAACAUUGACAAGAGCCUGUAUGUGGCAGAGUACCACAGCGAGCCUGCAGAAGACGAGAAACCUUAACAAGCACGCUUUGACAAACUACAGAAGGCUCCUUGGAUCUGUGACACAUCAUUUUGGGGGGGUGCUCUUCUCUUUGUGGGUUUUUUCAUCUUUAUUUUGGAACUAUGAAGAGUUAUAUAAGAACUCAGACAUUUUUCUUUUUUUUAACUGGUGAAGAAAAACUGAAAAGAAGAAAUAGACCUUUUUUGUUCCACUUGUUUGCACGGUGUGCUGACUGAACAUUUGUUGCACUAACUGCUGGUUUUUAAACAUGUUUUCUGGGGAAAGGGGACAAGGAAGGAGGAAAAGAAGGGGAGAAACCCUAAAAAGAGAAGAAUCUUGGUGACCACACGCACCUUCUACAGUUCUCCAAUCGCGGACUCUACUGCAUCUCAACUUCUCCCUGGUUACUCAUCCGUUCCUUAAGCCUGAAGAGCUUACUACUUAUUUGUGCGAAGUGCCUUAUGCUACGAGACCAUUACGAAUAUCAUCUUUACACAGCCCGAGGAAUCAACAGUCAUGUUCUAGUUUCUUUCCUUUUUUAUUUCUUUGCCUCUUCAUUUUGGUUUCAAGUUGAAGUCUCGCUUCCUGUUCUACCAGUACUCACGCCCAGGGCCGGAAGGUGGACUAGUGAUGGUAGCGCCAUUUUCCUUUUCUUUCUAUGGAGGAGUUGAUUCACAGCUGCAGUCCAUCCACACUGUAAAUACAUGUAUUUAAAAAAAAAAAAAAAACAAUACCAAGUAAAAUUUUCUUCUGGGCUGAGUAGACGCACCAUCGUCGCUCCCAAAGGAAAGAGCAGCCUCACUGCAGGAGCCAUAUGACAGGCCUCUGUGCUCUCCAGCAGAACACUAAGCUGGCUCUCACGCUUCCACGAGCAGUAAGGCACUGGGUGUAAAGACUUGUCGGAGCCUUGGCCCUCUUUCCUCUGUGGCAAAGCGCGACCCGUAGAAAAUUGGAUGUGUAUACUUGUAUAAACUUUGUAAAUACGUUUUUUUCUGGGUUCAUAUAUAUAUAUAUAAAUAUAUAUAUAUAUACAUACAUAUAUAUAUUAUUUUUUUUGGAUGAAGGUUGCUGGGAUUAAGGGAUUAGAAUGAUUAUGGGAGCAGCUAAAGAUGAGAGGGGCUCAGUUUUCUGCAACACUAAAUUCUAAAAAGUGCUUUGGCCUCUAACUAUAGGAAGCUGACCUCUGCAGGCCCUGUAUUGGAAAAGGGCCCAGAAGCCCAGGGCACAUGUCUGCCACCACAUUGCUCUUGUAAUGUACAUGCAGCGGUCUUAGCAGGAAGCAAGGAAGCUUCGGAAGUCUGUGAUCCCUGAGGGCUUUGAGAAGCUCUGUGGUUUGGCUCUCCUGUCCUAAACGUUUGAGGAACUUCCCAAGUUCUGCAAAGGGGAACAAAGAUUAAUCUUCCUUGGAGUAUAGAAGUGUAUGGAGUGCAGUCUUAGAGCAAAGUGUGUGAAGCAUGGGUUUGUACUUCUCUGGACCAGCCAGUCCAGCCUCGGCGGGCUUGGCACUGUGGCGCUUAGUUAUCUGCGGUCACCUAUAGUGCCCACCUUGAUACAUAACAUUUUUGCAGGAAUGGGCAACUCCUGAGAGCUGUUAACUUCCGUGCUGCAGAAAGCUGCUUGCCGUUCUCUGUGCUGCAGCAAGAGCUGCUGUCUGUCAUUUUGCAUUGUAAAUUGCUGGCAGAUGCUUUAGGUGGGUAGUGUUGCUUUAAAUUGUGCCCCUCCCAACAUGCUUGAUGUUUGGCCUGAUCUCCAGGCAAAAGGAGUGAGAUGAAUCAAAACCAGUGAACUUUUUUUUUUAAAAAAAAAUGUUUUUAAUUCCCUUUUAACCCAGUAUACUAGGUCAGGAGGCAUCUAGGGAACAAAAAAAGCAAAAAACAAAAUUUAAAAAAAAAAAGUGAUUUUCCUAUUCCAUCACUUUGAAAACAUUAAAACUAUGACAAGGUAUGUCAUGUGUAUGCUUCCAUGCUUAACUCACCUAAAUAAGGAGUCAGUUAUUCAAAGUUGCUUUUUGACUUUGCCUAGUUCUAAAGCAAAACUAUUUGUGACUUAUCCCAAAUUCCUUGGGGAUCAAAAUCCUGUAGAUGCCUCCUUAUCAGAUCUAACCCUGACUAUGUAACAACUGUAGCAGGAGCUGCACGGUACAAGACCCCAAAGGCAAGUCCAGUCAGUGUUGGUUACAAAACAAACCAAAUUAAGGAAGUCACUUUUUUAGGGAGGGUGGGCAUGGGGUCUUUAAAAAAAAAAUCUCUCUUGGCCAACAGAUCUUGCCCUUGUACCGCUGCAGCUCUCCUCCUUCCUGCCUUGGCGAGCUGAGGGAUCUCCUGUAGAACAUCAGCAGGAAGGGAGUUUAAAUGCCAUCCGCCAUCUCGCCAGAGGGCAUGUGGGUGACAGGACAGAGUGCAGUCUCUUGCCAACCUUGUACUGCGUUGUCUGGUGCCGCAUGCCUGAGUCCCUCUUAAAGCACAGACUCCACGUGGAGAGUAUUCUGAAGUACAGCCUCUGCUGAGUGUGCCACUUGGACUAGCUGGGCACCCCCUGCCAUCACUGUCUGGAGAGGCAGCGGCGGGGAUGGUGCUUGGCUCACUUGAGCUGUUCAUGGGAAGAUGCCCUACUGACCAGGUCAAAGCCUGGUAUCUUUUUUUUUUUUUCUUUUUUCUUUUUUUUUUUCUUUUUAAUCCCUCUUAAUAAGGAAUAUUGCUACUAUUGGAAAUUGUCUUUCAGGUUCUUUCCAGUAAUUUUUAAAGUAAUGGUUAUGUUUUGUUUUUUUCCCCAGUAGUUCAUUUGGAUAAAAACUAUGUCCUAUUUUUAAUAUCCACCUCAAUGCUUUUAGCCUCUGGUCAUAUAGUUGUGUAGUAAGUUUUAGACUGUUACACACCUUGCUGCCUCAGGGCCUGUUUUUUUUUCUCCCUUAAUGUUCUGAACAUGAAAGAAACUUUCUUAGGAAUGGAAUACAUUUACCAUAAAAUGUUUUUCCUGGAAAGGAAAACCUAAGUAGUUCUAAAUUACUUCCAAAUGGGUACCAGCAUCAUAACAAUUGGUUGGCCCCAAACGGUAGGGUGGGGUGGGUGGUUGUCAUAACUCUUUUUUCAGAAUGAGAUGAGGGCAUCUUCCCUUGGCCACCUGCUUUGUGUUGGAUAACAUCAUGCUCCAUUAGAUCAGCACAGCACAAAGCUUUGAAAAAGUGUUGGAAACAAAACAUCUCAUUCUGAUUAUUUGGUUUAAUUUUUUUUUUAAAUAGGGGUGGGAGGGGAGGGUACUGUGUCCCAAAAGGGAGGGUGUCUGCACUAAGGAUUUAGAAACACUUUGGAAGCUUAUAACCUCAUGGGAAACUGCCUUUAGCCACACUCCUGACCUUUAGAUGAGUAACAAAAAGAUGAAAUAAGCUUGUGGGAAUUAAGCCAUGUUAUUUUAAUUGGAUACUUUUUUUUUUUUCAACUUUCUGUGUAUCUUUAAAAUUGUUACUGUGGAAUGAUUUUCUUGCCAAAUAUCUUUGUCAGGCAAAAUUAUUGGCCUCAUGGGAGGUGAAGUAAGCCAGAUUUUGGGUGAAUUUAUGUGGACUUUGGUGAGUUUGUAGCUCUACUUUCUAUUCAUAAAGAUAGUUUUUUAAAACUCCCAAAGCAAAUCUAUUUUCUUCUCUAAUGUAAAAACUCAUCUUUGGAAUAAAGAGUUAAGUGUCCAAGGGUUGUAACAGGUAUGAGGUCAGAGGGAGCUAGCCUGGCCUGGACUCUGCCCCUCCACAGCUGACAGACUCCAACAGAAGUGUAUUUAAAUCUCCAGUAGACAGAGCUGGGCAGGGCAAGGGAGGGGUAGGCCUGGGUUAGUAAGAUGCAGGCUGCUGUAUUUUAACCAGUGGUUCUUGGGGAGGGGUGCCUGGAGAAUACAAAGUCACUUCCCUUUUUUUGAAACAAAGGAAUUAGAAAAAAAAAACUACAAUUUUUUUUGUUUAGUAAAAAUAAGAAAAUUCUAAUGUCCCUAGUCACAAGGGACCAGUUCCACUUUGAACAGUAGGAGCUGAAAAAUCUGACAACAUUUGGGGAAAGGGAAAAUUGGCUUUCUGUUUAAUUGGCUGAUGUUCCAGUGGGAGGGUCUGUUUUUGUUGGGAUAUGUUACAGUGAACGCACAUGUCUGUGGACCUGAGUCUUCAAGGAGUUUAUACACGGUUCAGAAAAGAUGGUUGGUAAAAUCUUGAUUAUUUCCUUUUGUUGUUUAUCUCAAUAAAAGCCCACUGGAACUCCAA